AUGCCCUCCUGCUCCACCAGCCAGCGGGCGGCGGCGGCGCGCUCCUCCAGGCUGGCGUGCGUCUCGAUGUUGACGCCCGCCUGGCCGGCCGGGCCGAAAGUGCUGCGCGUCCACCGGGUGCGCUUCACGCAGGUAUAUGAACGCGAAGCAUGGCGAGACGGCUCUGCACGCGGCCGUGUGCACGGCUUCCCGGGCAUCGCCUGUCUGCUGAGCCGCGCCGGCGCCAGUCCCAACAUCGCCAACCAGGAGCUGGAGACGCCUCUGCACUGCGCGGCGGCCCGCGGUCAUCUGUCGGUGGUGCGCUGUCUGCUGGACAGUGGCGCCCUCUGCGACACGCCCGACUCUACCGGCGCCACCGCCCUCCACUUGGCGCUCCGGCGGCGCCACCAGCCGCUGGCGCACCUCCUGCUGGAGGCCGGCGCCAGCUGCGACGUCGCCGACCACGUUGGAGAGAGGCCUAUUCACAUCGCGUGCGCCGAGGGUCUGCUGGCGGCGGUGCAGGCGCUCUGCACGUACGGGUGCACGGUGGACGUGGCCAACAAUGAGGGCCUGUAUCCCGUCCACCUGGCGGCCAGAAACGGCCACACCGAGGUGCCCUGCUGCGCGGACACCACGACAUCGGCCUGCCUUCUCUCCCGGCUGAGUAAUAGCGAGGUUCGCGAAGAGUUCAUCAGUCAGCUGGUGCCGAGUGCAAACCCCAUCUCGCGGAUAAAACUGAAGCUGUUUGGCAACUCAGGAGUUGGGAAAACAGCUUUGGUAGAUUCCUUAAAAGCUGGCUACUUCUCAGGCUUCUUCCGGCGAAGUAAAAGCUCGAGUGACGCACUCUUCCCGCAACGGUCGUCCCGAGCGGAGUCCGGCGCCUGCUGGGACAGCACGAUGUCGGUCCGAAGCAGCUCCCGUCACUUCACGAGGGGUAUCAACAUCACCCAGGCGACGCUCAGCGGCGUGGGCGAGGUGUCUCUGUGGGACUUCUCCGGUCACCCGGACUAUCGCCAGCUGUACGACCAGUUCGUAGGCAGCGCCGACUGCCUGCACCUGGUGCUGUACCGGCUGUGCGACCCGGCGCCGCUCCGUCUCCAGCAGGUGGUCCAGUGGCUGGGCAUGCUGCAGGCGUGCAUCGCUCCGCUGGAGCCGUUCGGUCACUGCGGCCGCUCUGUCCGGCCGGCUCGUGUGGUGUUGGUGGCGACCCACGCUGACCUAGUCCGCCAGCGGAGGGACGGCCACGGCCAGCACACGGCCACGGAGAUGGAAAUGCUGAUGAAAACGGUGCGACAACGGUUUGGCACGGUCUUCGAUCUGAGCCCGAUGACGUUCAUCCUGGACGCCACGUCCUCCACAUCUCCAUCGCUGAAGCACCUCAGGGCUCACCUGGCGCGGCUGAAGACUCGCGUCACGCAGGGUCUGCCGAAGAGCACGGGCUUUCUGGAGACGAUGGUGGCGCAGGUAGGCAGCUGGCGCCGCCUGCAGCCUCACUUCCCCAUCAUGACUUGGGCAGACCUGGUUGAGGUGGUGCGUGACCAAGUCAACCCUCUGGCCGGCGAGGAGCACGUACAGGAGGUGGUGCAGCAGUUGCAGUUGAUGGGCGAGGUGGUGCACCUGGCAGCCGGGGCCGCCGGACAGGACCUGGUGGCGCUGGCGCCGCGCUGGCUCUGCGGUGACGUGCUCGGCCUGCUGUUCUCCCCCGACUUCCGACGCCGCACCAAGGCUACUGGCUGCUACACAGUACGAGAGUUCCAGAUGCUGAUGCCGCAGUGUGACGCCCUGGACUUGCUUCAGGUCCUAGAAACGCUACACCUCUGUGCUCAGUGUGAUAACGACGGCGACAUCGAAUACGAGUUUUCCUGCUACAACCGCGUGGCGGCCGUGGACGGCGUGUGGGACGUUCCGCCGUCGGUUGGCACCAAGCUCUGUUACGGGGGUGUGCUGCUGCGCCGACCGCCGGCCGCCGGCCAGCUCACGGCGCCGUUGCUGCCCCGCCUCCAGGUUCAGCUACGCUGCUUCGCCCAGGAGUACGCGGAGGCCGAGCUGGAGCUGUACCAGUGGUCAGACGGCUCCAAGCUCUGUGCUGACCGGCUGGAGGCCCUGCUGACGCCGUCGGCCGACGGCCGGGACCUGGAGCUCAAAGUGCGCGGGCCCGCUGACGCACGCGACGCUUGCUUCUACCUGAUGGAGGAUCUGCUAUCCGCCUUGGAGCAGGUGUUCGCUGAGGUGAGUCCGGGCCUGCUGGUGGAGCGGCACUACCUGUCUCCGAGCGACCUGCGACGCCACCUCCGCCAGCCGCAGCCGCACCCCGCGCAGCUGCUCGACGCUGUGUGCUGGCCAGCCGAGCUGGCUGUAUGCUGUGUGCCAGCGGCGGUGCGGCAGCGGCUGUGUGCCGCGCUGGACCCGGCCGAUGCGCUGGGCCGUGACUGGUGUCUGCUAGCCGUGCAGCUGGGUCUGACCGAGCGGCUGGCGCGGCUCGACGCCGGCGACAACCCGGCGGUGAGUCGGACGGCGCGCCUGCUGGCCGAGCGCGUGCCGCCCGCGGGUGACGAGGGCAGCGGCGAAGAGAAGGCGGUGCUGCGCACCUCGUCUGGCUCUGCCGCCAGCUCGUCCACCAGCUCGUGA